AUGAUGCACCCAUCGCGGCAGGCGUAUGUCGAGGAUGCCGAACCUCAAGGCAUCGCACUUGAAGAUAUUCCCGAUGACCACGACUAUGAUAUUUCCAUGGGAGGAACCGGUGUUCCAUCGGAAAAGGCUUCCGCAAUCCUCAACCAAUUCAAUCGCAAGCGCUUGGCAGCAACGAUAGCAGUUCCCACCGAUGACACACGAGUCCGCGCGAAGCUCCGGGAGAUGGGCGAGCCUGUCACACUCUUCGGAGAGGCGCUUGUUGACCGACGAGAUCGUUUGCGCGAGCUUCUCACGAUCCAGGCCGAGAUUACAGGGUUAGAGAAUGGCGAUAUCGACAUGGGAGACGCCGACGACGAUCAGGAGGAAGACCAGGAGGAAGAAUUCUACUCGAGAGGCGGACCUGAACUUCAACAAGCGCGAUUGAAGAUUGCCGAGUACUCUCUACCACGAGCGAAGAAGAGGACGCAAUUCCAAAAGGCCGAGUCCACGAUUCCAUUACGCACCCAUGUCAAGUUUCGCAAACAGGUCAAGGAGAGAUUACAAGCAUUCGAACUUCAAGGUAGUCAGACUGUCGGUGAGCGCCAUGUCAGCAUGACGCGUAUAUCGCCCAACGGUGAGCUGGUGGCCGUGGGCAACUGGGGCGGCCAAGUCAAGCUGGUCGAAAUACCAAGCUUGAACCAAAAGAUGAACUUCCGCGGUCAUACCAACAAGAUCAGCGGUUUGUCCUGGUUCCCUGGUGCCACUCUUCAGGAAAACAAUGUGUCGCCCGAUUCCGUUAACCUGGCAUCGGGCGGUGCCGAGGGAUCUAUCCACAUGUGGUCUCUGAACCAAGAUACUCCCUUGGCAACCCUCGAAGGACACUCGCAGCGAGUAUGUCGUAUCGAGUUCCAUCCUUCCGGUCGCCAUCUGGCCUCUGCAUCUGAGGAUACAUCAUGGCGCCUCUGGGAUGUUGAAACAACCACAGAAGUCCUUCUGCAAGAAGGUCACUCAAGAGGUGUCUAUGCUGUCAGCUUCAAUACUGAUGGCUCCCUACUUGCCAGCGCGGGUCUCGACAGUAUUGGCAGAAUCUGGGAUCUGAGAUCUGGGCGCACAGUUAUGAUUUUGGACGGACACCUCGACGGUCACAUCAAGCCUAUCCAUGCCCUAGACUGGAGCUCCGAUGGACAUAGAGUGCUAUCUGGGUCGGCUGAUGGCUGGAUCAAGUGCUGGGACGUUCGAAAGGUUCAAAGAACAGGUGGUGUUGGUGCGCACACCAGCGCUGUCUCUGAUAUGCGAUGGUACAAGGGUCUCGAUGACCCCCUUACUGGUAUUCCGCCCGGCGUCGACGAAAAGGGCGCGCAGCUACCCAAGAAGUCCGGCACUUUCUUCAUCUCGAGUGGCUUUGACAGAAACGUCAAGGUAUUCUCGGCCGAUGACUGGACACUGGUGCAAACACUCAGUGGCCACACAGGUCCAGUUGCCAGUGUAGACUACAGCAGGGACGGCAAGUGGAUUGUCAGUGGAGGCCACGAUCGCACAGUCAAACUCUGGGGGCGAAACGAUGGCGAGGGAAUCUAA